AUGCGCAUCCCCAACGCCCUGGCCGCCCUGGGCUGCCUGGCCUCGACCGUGGCUGCCGUGGCCGUCAACCCGCUGCCGGCGCCGCGGUCCAUCAGCUGGGGCAAUUCCGGCCCGCUGGAGUUUGCUGAGAACACUGUCCUGUACACCCCCUACAACCAGAUCGUCUACGACGCCUGGAACCGCGCCCUCAAGACCAUCAUCACGCUGAAAUGGGAGCCGGCCGCCGUCGAGAAGCCCAUCGCCACCUACGAGCCCUUCCCCACGCCCGCUGCUGCCGCCGCCGCCGCCGCGUCCAACUCCAAGCGCUCGACGAUCCAGCAGCUGCGCAGCGUGCAGCUGCACAUCGACGACCUCAACGCCGACCUGCAGGCGGGCGUCGAUGAGUCGUACACGAUCGACAUCUCGGGCAACUCGUCGACCAUCGAGAUCACGGCCAAGACCGUCUGGGGCGCGCUGCACGCCUUCACGACGCUGCAGCAGCUCGUCAUCUCCGACGGCCACGGCAACCUGAUCAUCGAGCAGCCCGUCAGCAUCCAGGAUGCGCCGCUGUACCCCUGGCGCGGCGUCAUGAUCGACACGGGCCGCAACUUCAUCUCGCCCGACAAGAUCCGCGAGCAGAUCGACGCCAUGGCGCUGGCCAAGAUGAACGUGCUGCACUGGCACCUCGACGACUCGCAGUCGUGGCCCGUCGAGAUGCGCACGUACCCGCAGAUGACCAAGGACGCCUACUCGCCGCGCUCCGUCUUCUCGCAAGACGACAUCCGCGGCAUCAUCGCCUACGCGCGCGCCCGCGGCGUGCGGAUCGUGCCCGAGGUCGACAUGCCGGGCCACGCGGCCGCCGGCUGGAAGGAGGUCGACGCCAGCAUCGUGUCGUGCGCCGACUCGUGGUGGUCCAACGACAACUGGGCGCUGCACACGGCCGUCGAGCCGACGCCGGGCCAGCUGGACAUCAUCAACAACGCGACGUACGAGGUGGUGCGGAAUGUCUACUACGAGCUGUCCAGCAUCUUCCCGGACGAUUAUUUUCAUGUCGGCGGCGACGAGCUGCAGACCAACUGCUACAACUUCAGCAGCUACGUGAUGGCCUGGCUGGCCGAGGAUCCGUCGCGCACGUACGACGACCUGGUGCAGUACUGGGUCGACCACGCGUACCCCAUCUUCCGCGGCGUCAAGCCUUCGCGCAAGCUGCUGGCGUGGGAGGACAUUGUCAACUCGUCGCCGCACGCGCACAGCGUGCCCAAGGACACGCUGCUGCAGACGUGGAACAACGGCAUCGCCAACAUCCAGAACCUGACGGCGCAGGGCUACGACGUGAUUGUGUCGUCGUCCGACUUUCUGUACCUCGACUGCGGCUACGGCGGCUUCGUCACCAACGACCCGCGCUACGACGUCCAGGCCAACCCGGACCCCAGCACGCCCAACUUCAACUACGGCGGCAACGGCGGCAGCUGGUGCGCGCCCUACAAGACCUGGCAGCGCAUCUACGACUACGACUUCACCACCAACCUCACCGCGGCACAGGCGCAGCACGUCCAGGGCGCCAUCGCCCCGCUGUGGUCCGAGCAGGUCGACGACGUCGUCGUCUCGUCCAAGAUGUGGCCGCGCGCCGCCGCCCUGGCCGAGCUCGUCUGGUCCGGGAACCGCGACCCCAACACGGGGCUCAAGCGCACGACUGAAAUGACACAGCGCAUCCUCAACUUCCGCGAGUAUCUCGUCGCCAACGGCGUGCAGGCUGCUCCGCUGGUCCCGCAGUACUGUCUCCAGCACCCGCACGCCUGCGACCUGUACUACAACCAGACUGUGAUCCAGUAG